AUGACAGAAAUGUUGAAUCAGCUGUUGCAAGGAAGCAAUGUAAACAACAAUGGUACUCAAGCUUUAGAUCCACCAGUUCCAGUCAACAACCAAGACAUUAUUCUUGGCGGUUUUUAUGUCCCAGGAGAUGAAAGUGUAUCAAAUACAGUAGAAAAAUUCAACAUAGUAGAAGGGAAGUCGACUCAGCUACCAAAACUGAAUCACCCUCAAGUAAGUUCACCAUCAUGUAUUUACAAUGAAGUCAUCAUCACUGGCAGUUACUUUUACUAUAACUGGUACUUGUUUAAACAAAGAUUUUAA